GACACGGAAGAACGGACUGACAGACAGACAUAUAGACCAGACAUUCAGAUAAAACAUGCAGACAGACAAAGUAGACAGACUAACAUGAACAGAAUACAGACUGACAGUUGUAUUAACGAACACAAGACAGAUGACAGUAAGGUAGACGGGCAUACUGUUGAAAUGACUUGCAAUUGGACAGACUAAAAGACCGAUAGACGGACAGACACACAUUUAUUGUGCAUUACAUAAUAGCUUAUUACAUAAGCCCUAUUUUUCUAUUUACUUACUUAUUCGAUUAUCAUUUGCAUAAACUCCUCCCAAGCUGUCACGUCAAAAAACUGGUAUAAACAGCGGUCCAAUCAGGAAAGCUUAUUGAUUGUAUAUUUUCCUAUAUUAACUUAUGUUUUAUUUAUUUCUGCAUUCUAGAUCUGCAAAAAGUGUUGAGCAUUCUUUCAGGAAUGGGCAUCUGUAUUGCAUUCAAAGUACUCGCUGCGCUAGUUUUUGUUGCUGGUGUGGAACCAGAUUGUCGAUAUGUAGACUGGAGCGUUUCCUUUAAGAGGCUUGGACUGUCAGAGUGUGAUCGAUUAGGAGACAUGAUUGACAGUUUAUGUAGAAGUCCAGUAGGCCGAUACGCUGAUCUUAUUGACCGACUGGAACGUGUUAGAUGCUGCAGUAUACCAUUUCCAUGGCAAGAGGGCUAUGACUAUGUUCACGAAAAUUGGUGGUAUUCUAUGGAAACAGAUUCUACCUGGUCAUUGUGUAGACCUGGGUAUUUCCUCACUGGUCUGUAUAGGUCAGUAUUUAAGUUAUACCUCAGCGACCUCGAGGAAGGACGCUGCACAAGACCACGUAACCAUCCUUCUAAGUAUGGACACUGCGAGGAUGUUGACAUCUCGGAUUGUUUUGAGCAGGCUAAGUGUUGCUCUUGCCCAGAGGGAAGCUUCAUUGUUGGUCUGUAUCGUGGUAAUUGUAACGACCUAGGAUGCUUGGACAAGCUACGCUGCUGCACGCUGGCUGAGUCACCGCAUUAAACAAAAAGAUCAAUGAUCGAAAGCAGAGGCACUAUGUUUUUGGAUUCAAUAAAUGAAAAUGUAUACAUACAUACAUGACAAUUCGACUGACCAUUAAUAAAUUGUUAAUACUUCAUUGCUUUAAAA